AUAAAUAAAACCCUAAAUCCGUCUCUCAUUUCAUUCAAUUGCGAUCAAAUCGAUCAAUUAAAUUAAACUUGUCUCUAUACAAACAAGCCCUAAUUUCGUUUCUCUCUUAAGAAAUAUGCAGAUCUUUGUGAAGACUCUUACAGGUAAGACUAUCACUCUUGAGGUCGAGAGCUCAGAUACCAUCGAUAAUGUCAAGGCGAAAAUCCAGGACAAGGAAGGGAUCCCACCAGACCAACAGAGGUUGAUCUUUGCUGGCAAGCAGCUCGAGGACGGGCGUACCUUGGCAGAUUACAACAUCCAAAAGGAAUCAACCCUCCAUCUUGUGCUGAGGUUGAGGGGAGGUAUGCAGAUCUUCGUCAAGACUUUGACCGGGAAGACUAUCACGUUGGAGGUCGAAAGCUCUGACACCAUUGACAACGUCAAGGCUAAGAUUCAGGACAAGGAGGGUAUCCCACCAGACCAGCAGAGGCUCAUCUUCGCUGGAAAGCAACUCGAGGAUGGACGUACCCUUGCUGAUUACAACAUCCAGAAGGAGUCGACUCUCCAUUUGGUUCUUCGUCUACGUGGUGGUAUGCAGAUCUUUGUCAAGACGUUGACUGGAAAGACCAUCACUUUGGAGGUGGAAAGCUCCGACACCAUUGACAACGUCAAGGCCAAGAUCCAGGACAAGGAAGGUAUCCCCCCAGAUCAGCAGAGGUUGAUCUUUGCCGGAAAGCAGCUUGAGGAUGGCAGGACUUUGGCGGAUUAUAACAUCCAGAAGGAGUCGACUCUCCAUUUGGUCCUCCGUCUCCGUGGUGGUAUGCAGAUCUUUGUCAAGACCUUGACCGGAAAGACCAUCACUUUGGAAGUCGAGAGCUCUGACACCAUUGAUAAUGUGAAGGCGAAGAUCCAAGACAAGGAGGGGAUCCCACCAGACCAGCAGAGGUUGAUUUUUGCUGGAAAGCAGCUAGAAGAUGGGAGGACCCUUGCUGAUUACAACAUCCAGAAGGAGUCUACCCUUCACCUUGUGCUCCGUCUUCGUGGAGGUAUGCAGAUCUUUGUUAAAACUCUCACUGGUAAGACCAUCACUCUUGAAGUCGAGAGCUCAGAUACCAUCGAUAAUGUUAAGGCGAAAAUCCAAGACAAGGAAGGGAUCCCCCCAGACCAGCAGAGGCUCAUCUUUGCCGGAAAGCAGCUUGAGGAUGGUCGCACAUUGGCGGACUACAAUAUCCAAAAGGAAUCGACCCUCCAUCUUGUGCUGAGGUUGAGGGGAGGUAUGCAGAUCUUUGUCAAGACUUUGACAGGAAAGACCAUCACUUUGGAGGUCGAAAGCUCUGACACCAUUGACAACGUCAAGGCUAAGAUCCAGGACAAGGAAGGUAUCCCCCCAGAUCAGCAGAGGUUGAUCUUUGCCGGAAAGCAGCUUGAGGAUGGCAGGACUUUGGCUGACUAUAACAUCCAAAAGGAAUCGACCCUCCAUUUGGUUCUUCGUCUUCGUGGUGGGAUGCAGAUCUUUGUCAAGACCUUGACUGGAAAGACCAUCACUUUGGAGGUCGAAAGCUCUGACACCAUCGACAAUGUCAAAGCUAAGAUCCAGGACAAGGAAGGGAUCCCCCCAGACCAACAGAGGUUGAUCUUUGCCGGAAAGCAGCUUGAGGAUGGGCGUACCCUUGCAGAUUACAACAUCCAGAAGGAGUCGACUCUCCAUUUGGUCCUCCGUCUCCGUGGCGGUAUGCAGAUCUUUGUCAAGACCUUGACCGGAAAGACCAUCACUUUGGAAGUCGAGAGCUCUGACACCAUUGAUAAUGUGAAGGCGAAGAUCCAAGACAAGGAGGGGAUCCCACCAGACCAGCAGAGGCUGAUUUUUGCUGGAAAGCAGCUGGAAGAUGGGAGGACCCUUGCUGAUUACAACAUCCAGAAGGAGUCUACUCUUCACCUUGUGCUCCGUCUUCGUGGAGGUUUUUAAAUGAUUUGCUGGUUACUUGUUAUGUGAUGUUGAUGAAUUUGUAUUUGGGAGUUGAUCAGUUGAUGGGUUUCCUUUAUGAACACUUUUAUGGUACUGUGGUUAUUUUGAAAUAAGUAUAUGUUUCUUUGGUAA